AUGGUGUUUAAAUCAGAAUUAAACCGAAAAUUGAAAUUCAAGGAGAAGCAAAGGAAAGGAUUAUGGUCACCGGAGGAAGAUGAGAAGCUUCGGAGCCAUGUGCUCAAAUAUGGCCAUGGAUGCUGGAGUACCAUUCCUAUCCAAGCUGGAUUGCAACGGAAUGGGAAGAGUUGUAGAUUAAGGUGGGUUAAUUAUUUAAGACCUGGACUUAAGAAGGGUUUAUUCACUAACGAAGAGGAAACUACACUUCUCUCACUCCAUUCCAUCUUGGGUAACAAAUGGUCUCAGAUAUCGAAAUAUCUACCAGGAAGAACCGACAACGAGAUCAAAAACUAUUGGCAUUCUUAUCUAAAGAAGAGUGUAACCUCAACACAACAUGACACCACAAGAACCCCUCAAACACAUUCAACGGCCUUGCAAAGUACAAUAGGAAGUUCUUCAUCAUGUAUCAAUGUCGGAGAAUCAUUUAAUGCUCAAGUAUCAAGCUUUUCACCAAGUCUAGUGUUCUCCGAAUGGUUAGAUCAAUCACCUCAGAAGUCUAGUUAUGUCCAAGACGUUAUUGUACCGGAAGAGAGAGGAUUCAUUGGAACAUGUGGCCCUCUUUUCAGUGAGAACAACAACUCUUUUGAUGAUUUCAUACCAAAUUCAGAUCUCUUGUUGGAGCAUGAGAUAACUGAGAUUGAGUUCUGCACUUCGUUUUCAGACAAUUUUUUGUUCGAUGGUCUCAUCAAUGAUCAACGAUCAAUGUAA